UAGUAGAGAGGCUGUCAUGGAGAUGCAAGAGAUCCCGACGGAGAGCCCAAGAGUCCAUGCAGAGGAUGGAGCAGGUGAGCCGAUGCUGGAGGUGAUAACUAAAGAGGAAGCAGAACCAGACCAUUACGAACAACUGAAAUGUCCAACUGAAGAUGUUUACGUAAAAGCGUCUGAUAUUCAUCCUAUAGUCAAAUCAAAAGAAGAAGCUAAUCCGUCUCCGAAGCGAGCCAUUCAGCUUCGAACUACUCCACCACAAGCCCAAUCAGCGUCCUGCUCUCACUUUAUAAACGCUCCAAAUCUUCAUCCCAGCCGCUAUCCUGCAAUCGCAAUGUCGGACUUCGAUUCAGACGACAAUUCACCCACCUCCAUCCCCUUCCCCGCCAUCGCAGCUGAAUCGUCAUCCAUGACUCGGCUUCACCUCAACCUCAUCAGAGAAGCAAGAAGCAGGAGGAGAAAAGAGCAAACAAGCUGCCUGACUUACAGAAGCAAAGUAUUCCCCAUGUACAUCAAAUUUUGGCGCAGCUAUUUUAAGGAUGAAAAAGAGAAACCGGAUGAAGGCUCACUAUCGGUUGAGCUGGAGGGGGAAAAAGGCAAACAGGCUGAGAGGAAUGCAGGACUGUACCGUCUGCCGUGUUUAAUCCUCUCAGUUGUCUGUCUCAUUCUUCUCAUACUGGUCUGCAUACUUGGUGUGAAACUCCAAAAUACAACCACAGUCUGCCCAGGAAAUGGCAGAUCUGAAGACCAACAGUGUCCUGAUCCAGCAUGCAGCAUUGAGGAAUGCCAGGACCGCUACCAAAACAUUCCGUUCAAGCAUUUUGGCUGCCAGCAGUGUGCUACAGGGUGGCUCACCUAUGGCAGGUCCUGUUUUUUUCUUUCCACCACCAGACUGACCUGGCUUGAGAGUCAGAAGAACUGCAGCGCCAGUGGAGGGUCUCUGGCUAUUGUUACCAACAAGAAUGUUCAGAAAUUUCUUACACAGAAAGGGAAUCUGAAGUACUGGAUUGGACUGAGGCUUCAUAACGCCACAUGGAACUGGGUCAACAGUAAUGCGCUGCAGCAGAGUUAUUGGAUGGACCCUGUACAAAACGAAGAUUGUGCCUAUCUCUACAGUGAUGGUCCAGUUGAGAAGAACUGGGGCAGGGCUUCCUGUUUGGCUUCAGCCUACUUCAUCUGUCAGCUGCAAUUCUGAAGGAAAUUGGGUUUCAUCAAAGAUCCUCUCCUCAGUAGGCAGAUAAUCGCUUUAGUUUGCAUGACAUACUCCAAUCAUAUCCAUUGCUUCUUAG